CGCGACGUGCGAGAGGCGAGCACGAAGGCGAAGGAUAAGUUGAAAGCGAUGUUUGACGGGACAUUCGCGCGAAGGGAGGUGUACGAGGCGAUGAAAGCGGUCGGCGCGGACGCGGCGCCGACGAGCGAGGCGAGACGCGCGAGCGAGUAUUUGAUGCGAGAGUUUGAGAGGAACGGUGCGGCGUUGAGCGCCGAGAAACAAGAGGUGCUCAUGAGUAAGCUCGGAGAAAUCGAGGCGCUAUGCUCGAGCUUUUGCGCUGCGUUGAAUGAGGACGCGACAUGCGUAGAUUUUGCCGAGGCCGAAUUGGACGGUGUCGACGUAAGCGCCUACGCGCAGGGCGAUAUGGAGGGCACGCGUCGCGUUGGUCUCAUCGCACCGGACAUCAUGCCCGUGCUGCAGUUUGCGAGGCGAGCUUCGACGCGUAAACGCAUGGCGGAAGCCAAGGCAAAGCAGUGCCAAGACGUGAACACCGAUCGAUUCCUUCGCGUCAUCGAGUUGCGAAACGAAUGCGCGCAAAUGCUCGGGUACGCGUCGCACGCCGAGUACAUGUUGAAGCCAAAGAUGGCGAGCACACCGGCGCGUGCGGAAGCUUUCUUGAGAGACUUGCUCGAUAAAGCGCAAGGCAAGCUUCACGAAGAUCUUACGGACUUACAAAAGCUGAAGGACGAGGAAGAAGGCCCGAACGCCGGCCCGCUGCAGAGCUGGGACGUGUCGUACUACUCGACCAAGUAUAAGGCGACGCUCGGCGUCAACGAGGCGAAGAUUCGCGAGUAUUUUCCUCUCGAGCACGUGAAACACGAAAUUUUGAGCACGUAUCAAAACUUGCUCGGCCUAACGUUCGCGCGCGUCGACGCCGAGGUGUGGCACGAGGAGGUGGAGUGCUAUUCGGUUCGCGAGGCGGGGGGUGAACAACAGGUGUUGGGAUUCUUUUAUCUCGAUUUGUUCCCUCGGCCUGGGAAAUACGCGCAUCAGUGUGUGUAUCCAUUGCGCCCCGCUUUCGAAGACGGCGAUGAUGUUGUUACCGCCGCAUGCGUGAACAUAGGUAAUCUGAGCAAGCCGGGGGCGGAUGGCAAACCCGCGCUGUUGCGCUUUCGCGAAGUUGAGACGUUCUUUCACGAAUUCGGUCACGUCAUGCACUGCGUAUUGAGCAAGAGCAAAUACAGCGUGCACGCGUGGGCAUGGAGCGCGGUGCCAUGGCCGGGGGGCGUAGAGCAGGAUUUCCUGGAAGUGCCGUCGAUGAUGCUCGAAAACUUUGUCUGGCAACCCGAGGUCCUUCGGCGUUUGUCGAAGCACUACGAAACGGGAGACAGUUUACCCGAAGAUGACAUCGACGCGUUGAGCGCGAGCCGCGGAGCGCUCGAAGGCUACGCUCGCUCGCGUUUUAUCUCGAUGGCGCUCUUUGACUUAGCGGUGCACGGUGGCCCGGGCCCGUACGAGUUCGAAGGUGAAAAACACGACACAAUUGACUUCUACAACGUCAUAACCGAGUCGUUGAGCAAAAUUCCGAGCGUCGAGGGGGCGUUCCCUGCGGCGAGUUGGUAUCACCCGAUGAUGGGAUAUGCCGCUGGUUACUACGGAUACUUGUGGAGUGAAGCGUUCGCUGCGGAUUUAUUCAGUGAAUUCGAGGCGAAGAAACCGAACGUGUGUGAUCCGGCGCUCGGCCGCAAAUACAGAGAGACGAUUUUGUCCCCGUGCGCUACGGUGGACGGCGACAGCAUGUUGCAAAAUUUCCUCGGAAGAGGCGCGUCACUGGACCCAUUCUUGAAGAGAAUGGGCGUUUUAACCUAGACCAUU